AUGAAGAAGGGGAACUUGGAAGCGAACACAAAGACAGUACCGUUCUACAAAUUGUUUUUCUUCUCAGAUUCUACCGAUGUGUUGUUGAUGAUCGUUGGUUCGAUCGGAGCUAUCGCAAACGGUGUUUGUUCUCCGUUAAUGACAUUAUUGUUUGGUGAACUCAUUGAUGCAAUGGGUCCAAACCAGAACAAUGAAGAGAUUGUUGAGAGAGUUUCCAAGGUUUGUUUGAGUUUAGUCUACCUUGGACUUGGAGCCCUAGGAGCUGCCUUUCUUCAGGUGGCUUGUUGGAUGAUUACUGGGGAGAGACAAGCUGCAAGGAUAAGGAGUUUGUAUCUGAAAACGAUUCUAAGACAAGACAUUGGAUUCUUCGAUGUCGAAAUGACCACAGGAGAAGUUGUUGGUCGAAUGUCUGGUGAUACGGUUCUUAUACUUGAUGCUAUGGGUGAGAAGGUUGGGAAGUUUAUACAGUUGAUUUCAACAUUUGUGGGUGGAUUUGUUAUAGCGUUUUUGAGAGGAUGGUUACUUACACUUGUUAUGUUGACCUCAAUUCCUCUUCUAGCUAUGUCUGGUGCAGCUAUAGCGAUUAUAGUUACAAGAGCUUCUUCUCAAGAACAAGCUGCUUAUGCAAAAGCAUCAAAUGUUGUUGAACAAACUUUGGGGUCCAUUCGAACCGUUGCUUCUUUCACGGGAGAGAAGCAAGCGAUGAGUAGCUACAAAGAGUUGAUAAAUUUGGCCUAUAAAUCGAAUGUUAAGCAAGGUUUCGUUACGGGUUUAGGUCUUGGAGUAAUGUUCUUGGUGUUCUUUUCCACCUAUGCUUUGGGUACAUGGUUUGGUGGUGAAAUGAUACUGAGAAAAGGGUAUACAGGUGGUGCAGUGAUCAAUGUUAUGGUCACUGUGGUCUCGAGUUCGAUAGCUUUAGGGCAAGCAUCACCUUGUCUAACUGCAUUUACGGCUGGUAAAGCUGCAGCUUAUAAGAUGUUUGAAACAAUCGAAAGAGAGCCUUUGAUUGAUACUUUUGACCUAAAUGGGAAGGUUUUAGAAGAUAUUCGAGGCGAAAUCGAGCUGAGAGAUGUGUGUUUUAGUUACCCUGCAAGGCCUAAAGAAGAGGUUUUUGGCGGAUUCUCUCUGUUGAUUCCGAGUGGCACAACCACUGCUUUGGUAGGAGAAAGCGGGAGUGGGAAGUCUACUGUGAUCAGUUUGAUCGAAAGGUUUUAUGAUCCGAAUUCCGGACAAGUGCUUAUUGAUGGUGUUGAUUUAAAGGAGUUUCAGUUGAAAUGGAUUAGGGGAAAGAUUGGAUUGGUUAGUCAAGAACCUGUUCUGUUUUCUUCAAGUAUAAUGGAGAAUAUCGGAUACGGGAAAGAGGGGGCAACGGUUGAAGAGAUACAAGCAGCGUCGAAGCUAGCAAACGCGGCUAAAUUCAUCGAUAAGUUGCCUCUAGGUUUAGAGACAUUGGUAGGGGAGCAUGGAACUCAACUCUCAGGAGGACAGAAACAGAGGAUUGCUAUCGCGAGGGCGAUACUUAAAGAUCCGCGGAUCUUGCUGUUAGAUGAAGCGACAAGCGCACUUGAUGCGGAAUCCGAAAGAGUGGUUCAAGAGGCUUUAGAUAGGAUAAUGGUGAACCGGACUACAGUGAUUGUCGCGCAUCGGUUAAGCACGGUUAGAAACGCUGAUAUCAUCGCUGUGAUUCAUCGUGGAAAGAUUGUGGAAGAAGGUUCGCAUUCAGAGUUACUUAAAGAUCAUGAAGGGGCUUAUUCACAGCUUCUAAGGUUACAAGAGAUAAACAAAGAAUCAAAGCGAUUGGAGAUUUCUGAUGGAUCAAUCAGCAGUGGAUCAUCAAGAGGAAACAACAGCACAAGGCAAGAUGAUGACUCUUUUUCUGUUCUGGGUUUACUUGCAGGCCAAGAUAGUACUAAAAUGUCUCAAGAACUAUCACAGAAAGUGUCGUUUACUCGAAUCGCUGCUCUAAACAAACCAGAGAUUCCAAUUCUUAUACUUGGAACCCUAGUAGGUGCUGUGAACGGCACUAUAUUCCCCAUCUUUGGUAUCCUCUUUGCCAAAGUAAUCGAAGCUUUCUUCAAAGCGCCUCAUGAGCUGAAGAGAGAUUCAAGAUUCUGGUCGAUGAUAUUCGUACUUCUUGGUGUAGCCGCUGUGAUAGUGUAUCCAACGACUAACUACUUGUUUGCUAUAGCUGGAGGGAGACUUAUUCGGAGGAUAAGAUCAAUGUGUUUUGAGAAAGUUGUUCACAUGGAGGUUGGGUGGUUCGAUGAACCUGGGAACUCGAGCGGUGCAAUGGGAGCGAGGCUCUCUGCUGAUGCAGCCUUGAUCCGGACUCUUGUGGGAGACUCGCUUUGUCUAUCGGUUAAAAACGUUGCGUCUUUGGUGACAGGACUAAUCAUAGCUUUCACGGCGAGCUGGGAAGUGGCGAUUAUCAUCUUAGUAAUUAUUCCGUUUAUUGGAAUCAAUGGAUAUAUUCAAAUUAAGUUCAUGAAAGGCUUCAGUGCAGACGCAAAGGCAAAGUACGAGGAGGCGAGUCAGGUGGCGAACGAUGCAGUGGGGAGUAUAAGAACGGUUGCGUCUUUCUGUGCGGAGGAAAAAGUGAUGGAGAUGUAUAAGAAACGAUGUGAAGAUACGAUUAAAUCUGGGAUUAAGCAAGGUUUAAUCAGCGGAGUAGGGUUUGGUAUCUCCUUUUUCGUUCUUUACUCUGUCUACGCUAGUUGUUUCUACGUGGGAGCUAGACUGGUUAAAGCCGGAAGGACAAACUUCAACGAUGUUUUUCAGGUUUUCUUGGCCUUGACGUUAACAGCAGUUGGGAUUUCUCAGGCGAGCUCUUUUGCUCCUGAUUCGAGUAAAGGUAAGGGUGCUGCUGUUUCGAUUUUCAGAAUUAUUGAUAGGAUAUCGAAGAUAGAUUCGAGAGACGAAUCGGGAAUGGUGUUGGAGAAUGUAAAAGGAGAUAUCGAGCUUUGCCACAUAAGCUUCACUUACCAAACUAGACCUGAUGUUCAAGUCUUUCGUGACCUCUGUUUGAGCAUUCGUGCCGGACAGACUGUUGCUUUGGUUGGAGAAAGUGGGUCAGGAAAAUCUACGGUGAUUUCACUGUUACAGAGGUUUUAUGAUCCGGAUUCAGGUCAUAUAACUCUAGACGGAGUUGAGCUCAAGAAGCUGCGACUAAAAUGGCUAAGACAACAGAUGGGGCUUGUAGGACAAGAGCCUGUACUAUUCAACGACACGAUACGAGCCAACAUUGCUUAUGGAAAAGGCGGCGAGGAAGCAACCGAGGCUGAGAUUAUAGCUGCUUCCGAGCUAGCUAAUGCCCACAGGUUCAUCUCUAGUAUACAAAAGGGUUAUGAUACGGUGGUGGGAGAGAGAGGGAUACAAUUGUCAGGAGGACAGAAGCAGCGCGUGGCGAUUGCACGCGCCAUCGUGAAAGAACCGAAGAUUCUGUUACUCGACGAAGCGACGAGCGCGUUGGACGCAGAAUCGGAGCGGGUGGUUCAAGACGCGCUUGAUCGGGUGAUGGUGAACCGGACCACCAUCGUGGUGGCUCACAGGCUUUCAACGAUCAAGAAUGCUGACGUCAUCGCCGUCGUCAAGAACGGUGUGAUUGCAGAGAAAGGGACGCACGAGACGUUGAUCAAUAUCGAAGGUGGAGUUUAUGCCUCGCUCGUUCAACUCCACAUCAAUGCUUCUAAUUGACGCAAACAUUUAUUGUUAUU